AUGGGACUUCGAAGCGACUACAUCCUGCUCAUAGAGAAUGAAAAGGCUAUUGUACAAGCCAAUAUAAAAACACAACUACAGCAACUUGGUGUGACCCUUUCUAUGAUUAGAACAAAACUUUCUCCUACACAGAUCAAGCAGCUUUUACAGAAUCCUCUUGCUUGUGUUGAUCCUAUUAUUUGGGAACAAGCCAAGGUGUAUAACCUUCAUUCUGAAAAGUUAAUUCCUGUACCUAUGGUGGGCUUUAAAGAACUUCUCCGAAGACUGAAAGUUCAAGAUCAGAUGACUAAGCAGCAUCAGACCAGAUUAGAUAUCAUAUCUGAAGAUAUUAGUGAGCUACAACAGAAUCAAACUAGAAGUAUGGUCAAAAUUGCACAGUACAAGAGGAAACUCAUGGGUCUUUCCCAUAGAACCUUACAGGUCUUAAUCAAACAGGAAAUUCAAAGGAAAAGUGGUUAUGAGAUUCAAGCUGAUGAAGACCAAUUGCAAGUUCAGCUGGAUACAAUUCAGUCUGAAUUAAAUGCACCUACUCAGUUCAAGGGCCAACUAAAUGAACUGAUGUCCCAAAUCAGGAUGCAGAACCAUUUUGGAGCAGUCAGAUCUGAAGAAAGAUAUUAUAUAGAUGCAGAUCUGUUACAUGAAAUCAAACAGCAUUUGAAACAACAACAGGAAGGCCUUAGCCACUUGAUUAGCAUUAUAAAAGAUGAUCUAGAAGAUAUAAAGUUUGUAGAAGAUGGAUUGAAUGAAACUGUCCAUAUCAGAGGUGGUGUCUUUAGUUGA